AGGAAGCAAAACGCCCUUUUGUCUGCUUUGGGUUUAGCAGAUUUCUAAACUGAGGAGGACAAAACUAACCCAGUUGGACUCCCCCUCUGAGCCAUGGCCACAAGGAACCCUGUAGAAAAUCUCCAGGAUGACAUAACCUGUUUCAUCUGCCUGGAGUUCUUCAAGGACCCAGUGAUGAUCAUGGGCUGUGGGCACAGCUUCUGCCGAGCCUGCAUCAGCCAGUGCUGGGAGGGAAAGGAAAAAGAUGUCUCCUGCCCUCAGUGCAGACUGACCUUUCCACAAAGGAACCUGUGCCCAAACAGGCUGCUGGCAAAUUUUGUCAGUAUAGCUGAGCAGCUGAAGGCACCGGCAGCCAAUGGAGCAGAAGAGCAGUGGAUGUGUAAGAAACAUGGGGAGGCCUUGAAAUUGUUUUGUGAUGAAGAUCAAAUCCUCCUCUGUGUAGUGUGUGAGAGAUCCCAGGCUCAUCAAGCUCACACUGUGGUUCCCAUAAAGGAGGCUGCCCAGGAACACAAGGAGAAAAUUCAGGCUCAUUUGAAGACUCUUAGGGAAGAGAGAGAAAAGCUCUUGGCAUUCAGAAUGACUGGAGAGGAGAGAAGCAAGGAAUAUCUGAAAUGGACAAAAGCUGAGAGGCAGAAAAUUCUGUCUGGAUUUCAGCAUUUGCACCAGUUUCUGAAGGAACAGGAACAGCUCCUGCUGGCCCAGCUGGAAGAGUUGGAGAGGGAGAUCGAGACGAUACAGAAGGAAAACAUCACUAAAAUGUCCAAGGAGAUUUCCAUUCUUAAUAACCUAAUCAAGGAGAUGGAGGGGAAGUGCUUGCAGCCAGCAGAUGCAUUCCUUCAGGAUGUCAGGAGCACUUCGAGCAGGUGUGAUAGACAGAUGUUUCAGCUGCCAGUGGAGAUUUCUCCUGAGCUGGAACCAAAAGUCAGGGAUGUCUCCUGCAAAAACGUUGCCAUAAUGGAGAUUCUGAGGAUGAUUAAAGGCACUCUGACAGCUGAGAUGGGGAAAGGAUGGGCUAUACUGAGAUCAUACACAAAGGUGAAGGUGACUCUGGAUCCAGCCACGGCUCAUCCCCACCUCAUCCUGGCUGAGGAUCGGAGCAGCAUGACACGGGGAGACAAACUGCAAAAACUGCCUGACAAUGCGGAGAGAUUUGAUACACACCACUGUGUGCUGGGCUAUGAUGGAUUCAGUGCAGGAAGACAUUACUGGGAGGUGGAAGUGGAGGACGGGGGAUUUUAUGCUGUGGGGGUUGCCAGAGCAUCUGUGCGGAGGAAGGGAUGGAGCAGACUUGACCCUGAAGCAGGGAUCUGGGCUAUAUGGCACUUGUCAGGUAGCUACUGGACUCUCACCUGCCCUCCAACUCAUGUGAUGCUGAACCAGGUCCCCAGAAAAAUCCGUGUCUCUCUGGACUAUGAAGGGGGGCAAGUGGCAUUUUUUGAUGCUGCUAAUGGAGCCCCAAUUUUCAUUUUCCCAAAGGUUUCAUUUGCUGGGGAGAGGAUUCACCCUUGGCUUUGGGUCUGGGAAAGGGAAGCCAAACUUGGACUGUGAUGGUCUGGCCUACACCCUGAGGUCUGUUCUAGCAUUAACGGGGACUGGCUGGAUUUGGAUAAAAAGCCUAGGAUCUAUGUGGAUAAAAAACCCCUAUCCUAUUGCUUGUAUGGAUCUGCCCUGGGAAUCACUUUUGCUUCGCACACACAGGGUUUGAGGACGUAGUCAGUGACUUAGGCUUAAUGUUUGAGGAACUUUUCACAAGCGCCUAGAGCUCCAAUAUGGCAACAGUGAUUCUUGCAGAAUGGUACUGACAGGCUGCCACUCACAAGUCCUGUACAAGUCUUCAUGGGCAUGGGUGUUGUUCUAAUGCCAUUAGUAAAAGUGUCCUCUAAGUUUGCGGAUCCAGUUUCCACAGGUUGCUGUUACUAAAUCUGCUUCUCUGCUCCCUUCAGCUCUGACACACUCUUGCUGGAAAUAAAGCACCCAAACCAGUUCUUUUUUCUUCUCCUCUUCUUUCCCAGCCUCAGUUGCUGGGGACAGAGCCUCGGGAUUUGCUUCCCCCUUGAAUCCUUCCUAUCCCAACAGAGAAUAGCCAGGCAGUGGGCAUGUCUACAUGUGCAUAUUAAAGCAUAGUAAACUCCAGAGCAUGGUGUGUUAGAGUUUAUUGCACCUGGGUACCACGUUUGCAUGUGCACCUAGGACCACAGCACGUUGAGUUGGGUUGGAGCAGCC